UCCUCCCAAAACCGGACACUUCACAUUAAAGUGGACAUUACCUGUCGGUGAAUCUUAAACAUGGAUACCGAAACACAAACUAAAGAGAAGAUGACGUCGACGUGACGUGUUCCUUCACCCAUAAGCUAUACUAUACCUGAUUAUUUGAAUUUUUUUUUGUGACUUUGCAUAACAAAAUCAAGUGUGACGGGAAGGCUACAUAUAAUAGACAGACAUGUAAAUGACAACAAAAACAAAUGGUCAUUGAGAUGUACAAAUGAAAAGAAUGUGUGCCUGUGUAUGGCAUGUGUCUAUAUUUGAAUAUUUAAAUAAUGCAUGAAAGAUAUUCCUGGAAAUACCUUCUAUCGUUAAAAAUCAGUUUUUGAACCAAAACACCCAAACGAGCCUAACUCACUCCACUGAGUCCACUUUACCCUUAUUCGGUGAAUACUUUAUCAACUUAACCCGGUUAGUGGACCGAUAAAGAUUGUCGAAAGUUCCGUUAUUCCAUUUAAAGAACAAGUUAAGUAUUUUUGAUGCUGCAGUCAAUAUACACUUUUAGAUCGCAUUAAAAAUGGAGACUAACGGUCCGGAGGAAGACAUGUCUGACGAUGCUUCGUCCAGCAGGAAAUGUUGUGAUUACUUUAUGGGGAACAGGUUUCAAAUUCUAAGUCUGGCAGGUUUGGCCCUGGGUCUUGGCAUGGGCUUGAUUCUCAAGGUGUAUGUCCCUAUGUCGGAGGGUGACAUAUUGUAUGUCGGUUUCCCAGGUGAAAUUCUCAUGAGGAUGCUGCAGGUGGUCACUGUUCCUCUCAUUGCGACAAGUGUGAUAACAAGUGUUUCUGGCCUAAAUAUUGAAACCUCCAGAAAAAUCGCUGGAAGAGCAGCAGCAUACUUUGUCUCAACCACCAUGAUGGCUGUGAUCAUAGGUUUGAUAUUGGUCAUGAUUAUCCAGCCCGGGAUUGCCUACGCUGUUAAAUCAGAUGAUUCGGAAGACGAGGAAUCCUUCUCCACUGUCGAUGCCUUGUUGGAUCUAGUCAGGAACAUGAUCCCGCAAAACCUGAUUCAGGCUUGUUUCCGACAGUACAAAACUGAGAGGGUGGAGCUUGAGGUUGAUGAAUAUGAGCAGAACUCCAGCUUGGAAAUGAAUGAGACAGAAGUGCGACUGAUGGGCCAAUACGUGGACGGGACCAACAUGGUGGGCCUCAUCGUCUGGGCUUUCAUUUUUGGCCUGACCCUCAACAACAUGGGAGAGAAAGGGAAAGUCCUGGUGGAGUUCCUCACCGUCCUGAACGAGGCCACUAAACUCGUGGUCAACCUGAUACUGAACUGCGUGCCAGUUGGAGUGCUGUUCAUGGUAGCAAGCCACGUCAUGGAAGUUCAUGACUGGGAAACUACCUUCAAGCUUGGAUGGUUUAUGUUGGUGGUUUUUCUUGGGCUCGUAAUCCACGGAACAAUAGUGUUACCACUUCUCUACUUCGUGUGUGUGAGACAAAACCCCUGUGAAGUCAUCAAAGGGGUCUCUCCCGCCUUACUGACUGCGCUCCUCAUCUCGUCCAGCUCUGCCACGCUGCCGGUCACCUUCCGAUGUUGUGAAGACAAACUCAAGUUCAACAAGAGAAUCAGUCGCUUCAUGCUGCCCAUUGGGACCAACAUCAACAUGAACGGCACGGCCCUGUACGAGGUGGUCGCGGCAAUUUUCAUCGCCGAGCUCAACCACAUCAAUCUGGACUUCAGCCAGUUGAUCACGCUUUGCGUGACCGCCGCCGUGUCCAGCAUAGGAGCAGCGGGGAUCCCAGCUACAGGAGCGGUGACCACGCUCUUUGUCUUGACGGCGAUUGGUUUACCUGCGAAGCAAGCCUCCAUUCUGGUGGUUGUGGAGUGGCUCCUAGACCGCUGCAACACUGUCAUCAACGUCAUGGGAGACUGCAUCGGCGUGGCCAUCGUUCACCAUGUGUUGAGGAAUGAGCUGAGGGAAACGGGGGAGGAAGGGCAGGAAAUGACAAGGGUGCACGGAGACCAGGCUGAGGGCUGCACCACGGACGACAUCCACGUCCAGAUCCAGACCAGCGGGGAGGACUCUGACGACUUUUAUGACUCUGAUGACUCUGAUGAUGAAACCCUUUACAUUUCGCCAGAAACCCCAUAAACCCUGAGACACAGAGUCCGAGAACCACUCCAGCGAGGAGUCGGAGAAGAAUAUGUGUGAUGGUGAUGAUGAGUAUCUGUGACGUCAGCUCAGGAUUCAAGGGACUUUGACUUAUUUGUUAUCGUGUUCAUGUCAUUUUGUAUUUUGUGCAAGUGAUGUAGCUGAUGUGACAGAUAUAAUUAAAGGAAUUAACUGUAGUAAUGGAUGUAAUAUACUAUAUAUAGCUACUUGAGUUGAAUGGAAAUUUUAAAUUGAUGUUAAUGAUCUAGUUAAUGGAACUGAGCUGAUGUGAGCUGUUUCCAGUUCAAUUGUGCCGAUCCGAUAGAUGUACAGAGUGAUUGAACUGAAUUCAUUUGAAUUGAAUCGAUGUAUUGAAUGUAGUAUUGGAAUUAAACUGAAUUGCACUAAUUUAACAAAUGCAGUUAUUGAAUUGAAUGUAACUGAAUGUGAAUAAACUGGAAUCAUAAUUUAUUGAAGAGGCUGCAGGCAGGUAUCUUAGAACCUAUAAGAAAUAAAGAUGUAUUUAAAAUACUGUAAAUUUUCUAAUUACUAAAAAUGAUUUUUUUUAAAUAAAGUGAGUCCCCUGCAAAGGAAAAUACUGACUUGAGGUUUUGUUGGGACAAACCAGUUCCUUUAUAAAAUAAUUUUAAAAACUUUCAAAGCCGAUUGAUUCAGUCUCCUCUUCAGCCAAUAAGAGGACGAGUUAAAAAAAAUAAAAUUAAUUGUUAAUUUUUAAAAAUAAAAUUCUAACAUGUUUAUACACAGCAGAGAAAAGCACCAUAAGAUUACACAGUUCCUAAAAAGAAUUUUUAUAUUGUUAUCUAUUAUCAUUAGUGGUAAAACAACUUAAUUCUGCUUUAUCAUGUUCAUUUUAAAUUUGUAAAUAACAAUCAUUUAAUAUAUAUAUUGUUUUCAUCGCCAUACAAAAUGCAUUCAGUCAAGCCACUGGUCCAGCAGGUGGCGCUAAAACAUUCCUAAACAGGUUUUAUAUGCAGUCUAUAGUUUUUUCCAAAAAACUUUAUUGAAACAACUCUAACAAGUACAGCUGGAGAUUAUAUGAAAGUUUGGCGUUAAGUACAUUUAUAAAAAAUAUAUUUUAAAGUUAAACGAAACAAAUACAGCCCCUGCAGGAAAUGUUAAUUUCCUAUUGCUUUUUAUUUCAUGACCUUAAAUUAUAUUAUUAAGACUUUUUUUAAAAUGUAUAUAUUAUUAUUGUUUUACUAAUAUUAUUAUUCAUUAUCUGUUUGUACAACAGUCUCCACUGUCAACAAGAGGAGUUAAGAGUUAACCAACAUAUUAAUAAACUAUUAGAUCUGAUUACAGCAGCAUUAUAAUCUCUUAUCAAACGUUUACUGCUUAAAAAUGCUGAAUUUUAUUUGUUUUUCUUUCAACCUUUUUCUGAUUAUUUCAUCCAUAUUUUAUAUAUUAAUUUACUUGAUUGUUGUUAAUUUUACAUGCUGCUUCUGAAGAUUCUUUUGGUU